AUGUCCCGACUUCUCGAUGAGGAUCAGGAUGACGCCGACCAUAUGACUCUAAUUAGUGACCAUGAUCUGAAAACAAAGUUUAUGAAAAUGGCUGAGUAUGCUGUGACGAAGCACAAUAGAAAAGUCCCUAAAUCAGAGACAUUAAAGUUGGUGAGUCUGGACCGAGGAUAUUACGAUAAUGAUGUUGGUACAGAUUGGAUAACAUUCGAUUUGCACAUUACCGUCUCGUCCGCUCACCCCGACCAAAUCAAAUACAAGGCGGUGGUCGACGCCGGAGUCGGAAUCGGAGAACCUGAUCAUCAAUAUGUUCUCACAUCCUUUACCCGGUUAUAA